AUUUUAUACAUUAACAAAUUUGGCAACCAAAACUAAAUUUAACAGGUUUUACGCGGCUACGCGUGUGCUAAAUUUUAAAGUGAACGAAACAGAAGUGAAUUAUGUAGAAAUUAGCUGAGAGGCAAAAGUUGUAGUUAUAAAAACGCUAGUGGAAAUUGUAAAUGCGAAAAUAUACAUACAUAUAUGUACACACCCAUACGUACAUAUUGGCGAUACGGACUGUCACACACACACUGGCCAACAAAUACAAAUUACUGGUAGCAACUGUGAAAAACAGUCGCGCCCCCGCUUUUAAUAGAAUACGACACAACAACUUGAUGUUUAUUGUUGGGGAGAACGAAAGAGCGCAACUAUUUUGCCAAACAACGCAACAAAAAUAAAUCAAAAGUUAUCAAGCGCAACCGUCGAAAACAGAAGAGGACAAUUGAAACUUUAUUUAAUAACAGCACACUGCCAUGAGCGCCCCCGUACAGGCUGGGGUACGUGUGGUGCGCGGUCCCCAUUGGAUAUGGGCGAAUCAAGACGACGGAGAAGGUCACGUUGGCACCGUUUGUGAAAUAGGACGUUGCGGAUCACAACAGUCUCCGGAAAACACUGUGGUCGUCAAUUGGGAUUCUGGACAUCGCACCAAUUAUCGAGUGGGCUAUCAAAACCAAUACGAUCUGAUUAUUGUGGAUAAUGCACAAGUUGGCGUUCGACAUUCAAACGUCGUUUGUGAUGGUUGCUCCAAAGCUGGAAUAGCCGGCAUUGUCUUCAAGUGUGCGCAGUGUGCCAAUUACCAUUUGUGCGCUUAUUGCUAUGGGGAGAAUGUGCAUGAUCUAGAACAUCCGUUUGUGCGCUAUACCACCCCAAAUUCGCUGGGCGUACGUGUGCCGCCCCGCAAGGACGGAAAGCGCAUUCCUUUGCGUGGCAUCUUUGUAGAAUCGAAAGUAGUGCGCGGUCCCGACUGGGAGUGGAACGAUCAGGACGGUGGCGAGGGCAAGACAGGACGUGUUGUUGAAAUACGCGGCUGGGACAAUGAAUCCUGUCGCAGUGUAGCCAACGUUGAGUGGGUAACGGGCUCUACGAACGUCUAUCGCUUGGGUCAUAAGGGGAACGUUGAUUUAAAGUACAUCAUUGCGACGUGUGGAGGUCACUAUUAUAAGGAACAUAUGCCGGUGUUGGGGCAAACGGAAGAACAGCAACCAGUGGCGCCCAUGGUGAAGCCCACAUUCUCGGUGGGGGAUCGCGUUAAGGUGUGCUUAGAGGUGGAUGCGUUGAUGAAGUUACAGCAAGGACAUGGCGGUUGGAAUCCACGAAUGAUAGAACACUUGGCCAAACUGGGAACAGUGCAUCGCAUUACAGACAAGGGGGAUAUACGCGUACAGUAUGAAAACUGUCCAAACCGUUGGACAUUCCAUCCAGCGGCCUUAGUUAAGGUAGUUAGUUUUCGUGUCGGCGAUUUAGUGACCAUUAUCAAUGAUGCCAAAAAAGUACAGCAACUGCAGAAAGGCCACGGUGAAUGGAUUGAUAUCAUGCGAUAUGCUUUGGGAAAACUCUGUAAGGUAGUUAAAGUCUACUCGGAUGGUGAUUUACGCAUACAGCAGCUGGAUGAUGGCUUUGAAUGGACGCUGAAUCCGAAGUGCGUUAAGCUCGAGCGUUCACCGCUGGCCACAGCAGCUGAGCGUUCGAAUAGCAUGAUGGACUUAAGUAAUCGGCGCACGGAUCAUGUGAUGACGCCACUUUCCGGACUCUCUGGCACCUCUGUAGUCGAUAAGUUGGUGCGUGAGGCGGCCCAAGGACAUUUGGAGUUUGUACGUCAAUAUUUGGACGUGAAUCCCGGGCAGGUGGAUGUGAUGAGUGGUGGCAAGGCAUGCAUUCAGGUUGCCUCGCAUCAAGGGUAUGUCGAACUGGUCAAAUAUCUCAUCGACAAGGGCGCGAACGUGAAUGUGGUGGACAAAGAAGGGGACUCGGCACUCCAUUAUGCCGCUUUCGGUAAUCAACCGGAGACCAUGCAUGUCCUUUUGCAGCAUGGAGCCAAAGUGAAUUUCCUCAACUCCAGCCACUGUUCGGCACUGCAUAUUUGUGCGCACAAGAAGACGCCCCACUGUGUUCGCGAGCUACUCCGCCACAAUGCUGAUGUUAAUAUACAGGAUUCGUAUGGCGACACAGCGCUGCACGAUGCCAUCGGUAAAGAGAACACCGAGGUGGUUGAGCUACUUUGCAAUGCGCCCAAUCUGAAUAUAACCAUUAAGAACAAUCGAGGAUUCAAUGUAUUACAUCAUGCCGCCCUCAAAGGCAAUGUGGCGGCUGCUCGUCGCAUACUUCAAUUGUCCCGGCAGCUGGUUAAUGUGCGCAAGGACGAUGGCUUUGCGGCUCUACAUCUGGCCGCACUUAAUGGUCACGCACAGGUGGUAGAGACGCUCGUGACGGAGGGUCAAGCGGAAUUGGACAUACGGAACAAUCGACGUCAGACGCCUUUUCUUUUGGCCGUCGCUCAAGGACACGCUGCUGUUAUCGAGCGUCUAGUCAAGCUCUCGUGCGAUGUGAAUGCCAAGGACGAGGAUGGGGACAAUGCUAUGCAUCUGUGCAUCAUUAAGAAAUCGAAUUUACAGCAAGCCGCUGAACCUGCACAGGACGAGGCGCCCGAAAUACACAAAUUCUACAUGAGCCUGUUGACGACGAGUGUGCGGCGCGAAGACCGCCUUAUGUACAGCAUACUCAUCUACCUAUCGCGACAUGGCUGUCGCGUCGAGGUCAACAACGCCAAUGCCAGCAUAUUUGAAUGGAUCACUGAUCGCAACAUUCGUCAACUGAUCUUUGGCCACCAAAUGGGCGCCGACGAGGCCACAACUGCGGCAGCUUUGCAGCGUAAUAUGCAAGCUUUGGACAUUAGUGCGUCCGAGGCUGGACCACCUGCUGGCGAUGAACUGGCCACUGCAGCAGCAGCUAUUACCUUAACGCCGGCACCACCGAUGCCGCCGCCAGUGGCACAGCGUCAGCAGCAAUUGGAGCUAAUACCCAAGCCGGAGACAACGGCAGUGGCAGCGACAACAUCUAGCAAUAAUCAUGCAUCGCCCGGCACAAAGAAACUGAACUCGGAUAGCGCUGCAAUCUCACCGCAGGUUGCGCCGCGCAAAAAGGCGCCCAAACCACCAGUACCAACAGCAGCGUCUGCAGCAUCCACCAGCACCAGCCUUGAGGCAAAUGCACUACCACACGUCGUGGCAGCCUCGAGCAACAACAGCAACUCACACUCACCCAUUGGAGGGCCACAGGAGUGCAUUGUGUGCAACGAACUCCUCCAGUUGGUGCGCUUCGAGCCCUGUCAACACCAAAUUGCGUGCGAGGAGUGCAGUAUACGCAUGAAGAAGUGUCUACGCUGCGGCGUUGCUAUAGAGCGGCGUUUGGCCGCCAACGGACGGCUGGUCGUGCAACAAGCGAACUGCACAUCAUCGCCAGGCGAUCAGUUGCGGAUGCCGUCCGGCGAGCUGCUGCGCUAUCUGGAGAAUAAGGUACAGGAAUUCGAGGAAUCACAUUACUGCGGCAUAUGCAUGGAACGCAAACGGGAUGUCGCCUUUCUAUGUGGCCACGGCGCCUGUUCCCAUUGUGCCGAAACUUUGCGAACCUGCCACAUGUGCCGCAAGACGAUAUUGAAGAAGAUAAACCUUUACUAAAAAGGAGAGAAGUACUGCGUUCAGACAUGGAGCAUGCACCAUGCAACAUGAUUGUGGCAAUAUGCAACCAAAGUGGCUUGUACAUAUAGCAAUUACAUAUAUACAUACAUAUAUUUACAAAAAUAUGUAGUUAUUUCAAAAUAACGCAGGCAUCUAAUUAUCCCCACACAAUACAACACCCUAUUAAUCAACUCCAACCCUAAUUUAUUGUAUACACCAACGAACUUUACGCUCGCCUGCAAAACGUUUUUUUAUUUUAUGUAGUAGCAUUUACAAUUAACUUGCGCUCUUAGGCAGCUGCAAGCAAAAAAAAAAAAUGAAAGGCUAUAAAAAGUAUGCACCUACAAAAAGACACAUACACAUGUCUAGUUAUUAGCAUCGUUUAACUAUGCAAUUGCCUAUGUAUAUGCCCUAGUAACGAGAAAACAAACAAAUCUACAUGCGAUUAAAUGAUUAAUUAAGGCUUCAAAUUAUACAAAUAC